AUGUCAUUACCGUCCAAAUACGCUCCUGAAAGCUUAAGCAGCUCUGAUCAGAGAAAGGUAAUAACUGUAGGGCAUCAUAGACCAAGGAAGCCGGUUGAAUAUAUUUACAAGACAUUAAAUGAUAAAGUAGACGAGGCAGUUCAAAAUGAAAAGUCGCAUGAUAAUUUUCAAGAGGAUGUAGAAAUGGUCCCAAUAGACGAUGAUCGCCAAGUUGAAAUGAUAUCUAGCUAUGUGUCUACUAGCAGAAAUAAUGGAGAGCUUGAUGAAGGGAGUCUCAUUGAUAUGGAAGUUGAAUCAGAUGACAACCAACUAAAUGAAAACAAUGUAUCAUAUUUAGUGAUCGACACAAAUUUUAUAUUAUCACAUCUUAGAAUACUAGAUGAGCUCAAAAGAAGAGCUAAUGAAUUUGCACUAAAAUUGGUGAUUCCUAUUGCUGUCAUGAAAGAACUCGAUGGGCUCAAGAAGUCAACAAGAAAUUCAAACGAUAGUGGUGAAAAUGUAACUGGUGAGUCUGUAAACCAUCUUGCUCGGUGGGCUAAUGACUGGAUAUAUGCAGCUUUGGCAAACAACAGUGAGUCUGUUAUUGGUCAGCAGAUGAAACAACGACUUGACAAGACUACAAUUCAAGACGAUGCUAUAUUGGAUUGCUGUUUGUAUUUCAAGGAGAAAUAUUCUGAUAGAUUAGUCGUUCUUCUCUCCAAUGACAAAAACUUAUGCAUGAAAGCUCUUACUAACGGAAUCUUGACUGUCAGUUAUCGCAAAAAUAUGAGUGCUGAUAUAAUCGCCAAUGCUAUAUAUUCUGAAAAUCUUAGAAGAAAUAAGAAAGUGAAUAUCGAUGAUCAUUUCACGCCCGCUUACAAUACAACCAAUAUAAAGGACACAUCACUUAAUACCUCAAGCACAAAUUCCUCGAGCAACUUUGAAGAGGUUACGAAUUCAAUUUUUGAAGAAAUUCAAUCCAUCACCGUGUCCAUCAUUCACCGUUGCAUGAUGCUGACAUAUGGGGAUGAUAUAGACCUUUUAAAGGAUUAUGACAAAACCUAUUUGAGAAGUUUAAGAGAUUGCUCGGAAACCUUGAUAAGGUUUUGGUUUCCCGUUUUCUUAACAUAUUUUUCACGAAGCUUUGAUAAUUUCAAGCCCUUUGAAGAACGAGGUAAUGCCAAGACUACUACCAAACUCCCUAUUUUUUUCUCGGUACCCAAAAAUAUUCAAGAGCUUCGAGAGUUCGUUGAAUUUUGGUCGAGGUCCUUGAAAGUAUUGUAUCUGGUCGAAAUGAAUGAGGAACAAAAUAAUGCACUAAAUCUCCUUGUAAAAAGAUGGCAUAAAUUAAUAGAGAAAUUUAAAUAA